AAAAAAGUUGUCAUAAAACAGCAAAUCAAACCCUGUCAGUGUAAUCAUCUUUACUGAAAAUCGUGCAUCCUCCCCCUCCCCUCCUCCUUCCCCUUCUCUCCUAUGCAAAGACCCUGUCUUUUUUAGCUUUCUGUUCUCGUGCACCAUCGUGGAGCUGCAGUCUUUAGCUGAGCUCACCAAUCAAGGGAAAUGAAUCAUGUUUUUUGUUUAUUUUGGAUAAAGAAGAAAAGAGUGUUUCCUUGAUGGUUGUUUAGUCUCUUGCAUUUCUAUGGCUCAUCCUAACAGCAACGCGAAGUCCAAACUUUCUGCUAAUGCUGCUGAAGAACUGAAGGGCAACACUAUCUACCAUGAUUUCCUGGGCAAAGGGUGCGCCACAGAUUUUUCUCCGCCCGCCUCCUCCUCCGUGAGGCCGCCCUUUUUGGAGCCAUACCAGGUGGCUUCUUGCGCCUCUCUUGGCGUCUUCUCUGGCGGCGGUUGUGGCCCUGUUUCCACCGCUUCAGAUAUGUGUUCUGGACCACAGUCAAGUUAUGCUGCUUUCUCGGGAAGUAAGAGGUGCAGUUCAGAUUCUAGUAUGGUGUCUUGUAAAGAUAGAUUUCCCACCAUUCAACCCGAUUCACUUGCGUCCUCACAUGUGAUGAAGCUACUGCGGAGUGGUGCAGGAGGGGAGAAGUGUAGGGCAUCAUCACACAAUGAAGAACUGUCUCUCAGAGGGCACAAUCCAAUGCGGCCGUUUUCAUCAUCUCCCUCCAUGGGCGCUACUAGAACUUAUUCUACUACUUCUACUUCUAAAUGGGUCCCACUCAAUCCCCUUACUGCUUUGAAAUACCCUCCACACACCACCCAAGUUGUGCCUUUCGGGUACCAAACACCGCCCAACAGGUUUAGUAGGGACACCAAUACUGCCAGUCGUUUGCUUAUAUCUCAAGCAGCUGCUGAUGAAGGUUCAAGAACAGGACUCAAAGGGUCGGGAGUGUUUAGAAUGUCAGAUAGGACACUCUCUGAGGUCCCACUAAGUGUGUCUAAACAGAACUCUGGGAUUCAAACCUCUGAUCCUGCUGAAUCUCCCAAUCCUGGGUACGGAGUGGGACCUACUGGUCAUCAGAUGACAAUUUUUUACAACGGCCAAGCCCAUGUUUUUGAUGAUGUGCAUCCCAGCAAGGCAGAUCUGAUAAUGGCAUUAGCGGGUUCUAACGGAGGAUCUUGGUCCACAACCUAUGGUUUGAAAUCUGUGCUUGCCCGGGGGAUGAGUGACACGGCAGACAUGGGAAGCGGCUCAAUGUCCAUGGCUGCUGCUGCUAUACUCGGAGACUUGCAAGGGAGAUCAUCAUCAUCCCCAUCAUCCUUACCACUGGACUCCAGCCGCGCGUUUGAUGAAUCAUCAUUUAUUCCCCCAGGAAAUCAUCUAGGUGGUGAGAAGCCCGAGUAAAGUGGAACUGGUAUCAGGCAGCAACAACUCUUCAUGGAGAAAAUAAUGUGGUUGACUGAUUGGUGUAUGUGAAAUUAUGAGCUUGAUGGAAGAUCAUGUUCUUGGUUAUUGGCAUCCUAAACCGUGGGAUCCAAGGGCAUAGCUAGGGGGAUCCUAGGCCUAGGCCCACCCCAAAUUUCAAUUUAUUUAAAUUAUCAGGGUAAAAAAAUCGUGUAAAAAACUAUUCAUAAAAAUCUUUGUGCCAACCCAAUCCAAUACCAAUGCCCUGGUUACGCGACUAUUGGGACCUAUUAUUGUUUGCCAUUUUUAUUAUUAUUGUUGUUUCUUACGACCACAUAACCGCAGUGCCGCAAAGGCUCCCACCUACGGUAGGGAAAGGAAGAGGGGUCGGAUGUACGCACCCUUACCCCUUUACUAAAGCACGGAGUGACGAUUUUUGGAUGACCCACGAUGAAAAUCGCAUUGAAAGUUGCAUGGUCUAACUAUUGCUUCAUACUACGUAAUAAAGAAGCGUAGACAAUUUAUUGUGCCAUUUUGUUUUAUCCAUCAUAUUCGCAAGACAAAAAUAGCGAGUCUUUGACUCUAUUGGAUUUGACUCUAUUGGAAAUGAUGAAAUAUAUUAUUGAUGUUUCUCUAUUGGGAAAAUACAUGUUUAUG